UCCAAUCUCACUCAAAAUCUCCUCCAUGUUCAUCUCUUCUCCACCUGGCAAAAGCUUCUGCAAUUCCUUCAAUCUCUUCUUGAUCUCUCCUCCUUCUUCUUCUUCGUCGCUGUCUUGGUGUUUUUCUCCACCUUGUCUCUUGCUCGAUCUUUCUAGAAUCUCGGAAGGAGAACUACUAGUGCUAAUUGGAUCAUCAUAAGGGGAAGAUAAUAGCUUCUGUUGCAAGAAACGGCUCCACGCGAAUUCUUGAGCAGACAAUGCGAAAGCCAUGUCUACUUCAUGUUUCACGGGUUCUUGUUUGGUUGGAGAGAAAAGACUCGCUUUCUCUUGUUUAUAAUUUGCCUCUCCAUGUGAAAUUUGUUUGCUUCGUCGGAACUCUAACAGGGAGAUACUUAUAUAGAGCAAAAACUCACGAGAGAGAGAAAGAGAAAGAGAUGGUUUGGUAAUGUAUGUGAAAGGAGUAAUGAUAUAUAUAUUAACUCAUGUGAUAUUUGACACGAUCGAUCACACUUUAUGAAGUUAUUUCUUUUG